AUGCUGGAAGCUUUCGAGAUUUUGACCACCUCCGGUGUGGUGCUUUGGUCCAAAUCCUACGCCCCAGUAGGCGCACAUGUCAUCAACGGCCUGAUCAACGACGUCUUCAUUGAGGAGAAGGUUGUGCCUCAAAAUACCACAACGGGAGGAGUGUCGCCAGCAUUUAAGAAGGAGAAGUACACGCUGAAGUGGAAGAGAGUGAAGGAAUUCGAUUUGAUCUUCGUGGCCGUCUACCAAUCGCUUCUCCACCUCGGCUGGAUCGACAAGCUUCUUGAAAACAUUUCGACUAUCUUCAUAGACCUCUACAAAGAGCAGGUGAAGGGAAACCGCGCGCGAAUCCAGACCUACCGCUUCGACCCAUACUUUGACCAGCAAGUCCGAGAACUAGAAGACGAUACUGGUUUCGUAGAGGAGCAUGUGCCAGAGGCAAACGAGAAGAAAGACUCGCUUGUAUCAUCGGAUAAUGGAGGUCCCCCUCCCCCGCCAGUUCCUGGCCUGGUGAAAGCGCAGCCUAGAGCUGCGCAAGCCGGGGCGACCUCUGACGAGGGUACGCCACCAGCAACACCAGAUAUUUCUAGAACUUCUACUCCCCAAGGUCACCUUCUUACCGCCAAGGCUGGGCCUGGAGGCCGUGUCUCUCGCCGGGCCCGCAAGGCUGCGAACGCGAGCCCUCACGCAUCAUCUGGCGAUGAGAAUACCAGGAAAGGGAAGCCCGCGAAGAGCACCGCGAAGAAGAUGCGCAAGUGGGAUGCAAGCGGAAUGGCAGAUGAGGAUGACGGGGAGGUUCUCGAUUACUCUGCCCCCGCGGAUGAGGGAGAGGCUGUUGCUCCGACAGUGGAAGCCGUCUCCGCAGAUGAUUGGGGUCGCCGGACAGGCAAGGGCCAGUUCGUGUUGAAAGAGCUGGGCGAGGAAGUCCAGUCUAUUUUGGAACAAGCAGAUGCAGAGAAGUCCAAGGACACCGCUUCAUCAGGUGUCGUUGGCUCUGGGUUCAAUGCAAUUGGCGGCUUCUUCCGCAACAUCGUUGGUGGAAAGGUUCUGACAGAGGCUGAUCUCGAAAAGCCGUUGAAGGCAAUGGAAGAACAUCUGUUGAAGAAGAACGUGGCGCGCGAAGCUGCUGUGCGUCUCUGCGAGGGUGUGCAGCGUGAGAUGGUCGGCAAGAAGACCGGCAACUUCCAGAGCACUGAUGCCGCCCUUCGAGUGGCAAUGGAAUCCUCGUUGCGGAAGAUCCUGACACCGACUUCUUCGCUGGACCUACUGCGCGAGAUCAACGCCGUGGUUGCUCCUACCACCAAAUCACAGGCUCCUCGGCCUUACGUGAUGUCCAUCGUUGGUGUCAACGGCGUUGGAAAGUCAACUAAUCUGAGCAAGAUCUGUUACUUCCUGCUGCAAAAUAAGUACCGAGUUCUUAUUGCAGCAUGUGAUACGUUCCGUUCUGGAGCCGUGGAGCAACUCCGCGUGCACGCAGACCGACUGAAGGAACUGAGCUCGCGCGAGAAUGCAGGCGAUGUCGAAAUCUACCAAAAGGGAUACGGCAAGGACGCGGCGAACGUCGCUAAGGAUGCCGUGGACUUUGCAGCAGCCAACAAGUUCGACGUUGUUCUGAUCGACACGGCUGGCCGCCGACACAACGACCAGCGACUGAUGUCUUCGCUUGAAAAGUUCGCUAAAUUUGCCAACCCGGACAAAAUCUUCAUGGUCGGUGAGGCGCUUGUUGGCACAGACAGUGUGAUGCAAGCGCGCAACUUCAAUCAAGCCUUUGGUCAAGGUCGGAACCUGGAUGGGUUCAUUAUCAGCAAGUGCGAUACCGUUGGCGACAUGGUUGGAACUUUGGUUAGCAUGGUCCACGCAACUGGUAUCCCUAUUGUCUUCCUGGGUGUUGGGCAACACUAUGGAGACCUGCGCGGGCUCAGUGUCCCCUGGGCUGUUAGUUUGCUGAUGAAGUAA